CCUGCUCCUCGUAUUUCCUGAUAGCAUCGUCGCGCUCACUAAAGGAAGAAGGGAUUAGGUAGGUGCGUGGAAAUACGAAUGGGACCAAGUUAACUCGAGAAAGCACGCGCGCAUUCGGUCUCCCCUGCCGCGGGGCGCAGCGUUGCCAUUAAGCGGUCCUCCUCGCUCGCUCACAGCUCUACUAUCAGUUACCGGAUCCUAACCAAUCCGCGCACUCUGUCGGAGUUCGAGGGGAGCACACAGAGAGCGAGAGAGCGAGAGAGCGGGAGAGAGCGAGAGAGAGAGAGAGAGAGAGAGAGAGAGAGAGAGAGAGAGAGAGAGAGAGAGAGAGAGAGAGAGAGAGAGAGAGAGAGAGAGAGAGAGAGAGAGAGAGAGAGAGAGAGAGAGAGAGAGAGAGAGAGAGAGAGAGAGAGAGAGAGAGAGAGAGAGAGAGAGAGAGAGAGAGAGAGAGAGAGGGAGAGGAGGGAGAGCAGGAGAGUCGACUAGAUAGUAGAGAUGAGGCAAAGCCGACAGGAAAACAUACCCACCCAUCUUAACCUCUCGUCCCCAUCCCAGACGGACUGACGGACUGACUGACUGACUGACACACACACCCGAGGCACUGACGUCCGCUACGAGACAUACUUCUUGUGUGUGAAGACGAUCCAACGCACGCACGCGCACACCUCACGUGCCAGGUUUCCCCUGACCAAAACUAUCCAGGUUGAUUCCGGAGGAGGCGAGCCAGGAUGCGCGAUGGGACAAGCGUGCGGACACGCUCUCCUCUGUCGUAGCCAGCCGCCAUCCUCUGAGAUACGCGGUCAACAAGUGUUUUUACAUCCUGAGGACGGUUCUGCCCCAGGCUCAACAACCCCCAGACUGACCACGACCCUGUCUGAACAACUCCAGGAUGCUUUGCUGCGGUUGGCAGCGGUCGUCAAUGUUCGCUCGCUACGAGAUGCCCUCCGAGACAGCGUACAGGAAUUGCUACCCAGCACGGAGUGUGUAUGUGUCUACAUUCUGGAGGGAGACUCGCGGCUGCUGUGUGAUGACCCGCCGCACGAACUGUCAAAGGAGGGAAAAAUCAGGAGUCUCCUGGAGCAGCUGAAGCGUCACCAAUGUGCCGGGCUCCCCCCCGCCGAGCUGCCAGAGAAAUACAGAGCCUGCUUGGCCACGCCCUUACCUGCCCACAGGAGAGCUCUUGUCAUUCCUAUCUUGGACCCAGACCGUAAGAAGGCUAUCUGUGUCUUGCUGGUGGGUUGUAAGCCACUUGCUGACCAGGAUGAAGUGUGUCUCAACACGCUAGAGAAGCACGCUUCGGUGGCAUGUGGGCGUGUCCAAGCCAUCCAGCUACCUUACCCUCAGCCGCCCCUUAGUCCCUCCCCUAUUCAAUCCCACAAUGUACUGCUGGGCCUCGAUGUCCCGGACCAGGAUUACUGCGAGCUGGACCGCAACAUUCUACAGCUCUGCGGUGAGCUGUACGACCUUGAUGCCACAGCGCUCCAGCUCAAGGUCAUCCAUUACUUGCAGCAGCAGACUCAGUCACAGUGCUGCUGUCUCCUACUGGUAUCCGAAGACAACCACCAACUCUUCUGCCAGGUUGUUGGAGACAAAGUUCUGGAGGAGGAAAUCAGUUUCCCGCUCAUGUUUGGCCGUUUUGGUCAAGUUGUCGAAAAGAAGAAGUCCAUCACGCUUCAGGACAUCAGUGCGGAGGAGCGCCGGCAGCUCUCCAUCAUGCUGGGCUGUGAGAUCUCCUCCCUGCUGUGCGUCCCCGUCACCAGUAGGGCCACCGACCAGGUGGUGGCGCUGGCGUGCGCCUUCAACAAGGAGGGCGGACUGAGACACACAGAGGCAGACGAGCACGCCAUUCAACACUGUUUCUGCUAUACUUCAACUGUCCUUACCUCAACCCUGGCUUUCCAGAAGGAGCAGAAACUCAAAGUGGAGUGCCAGGCUCUGUUACAAGUGGCCAAGAACCUCUUCACACACUUGGACGACGUGUCUGUGCUGCUGCAAGAAAUUAUAGUGGAAGCCCGAAACCUCAGUGACGCAGAGAUCUGCUCUGUGUUCCUGCUGGACCGCGUCAGCCAUGAGCUGGUGGCCAAGGUGUUUGACGGGGGAGUUGUCAGCGAUGAGGAGAAGGAGUUCCGUAUCCCGGCGGACCAGGGCAUCGCGGGCCACGUGGCGACCACCGGCCAGACCCUCAACAUCAAGGACGCCUACUCCCACCCCCUGUUCUACCGCGGAGUGGACGACAGCACGGGCUUCAAGACCCGCAACAUCCUCUGCUUCCCCAUCAAGGACGAGAACAACGAGGUUAUCGGAGUGGCUGAGCUGGUCAAUAAAACCAACGGACCAUGGUUUAAUCGCUUUGAUGAAGAUCUGGCCAAUGCUUUCUCCAUCUACUGUGGCAUCAGCAUCGCCCAUUCUCUGCUCUACAAGAAGGUCCAUGAAGCUCAGUUCAGAUCCCACCUGGCCAAUGAGAUGAUGAUGUACCACAUGAAGGUGUCGGAAGAGGAGGUGUCCAAGCUGCUGGUGGUGGGGAUAGAACCAGUGAAAGAGAUCCACUCGUGCUUCGCUGAGUUCACGUACACGCCGCGCUCCCUCCCCGACGACACCACGCCCAUGGGUAUUCUGAGCAUGUUUGAGGACAUGGGCUUCAUCAACACCUACAAGAUAGACCUGCGCACACUCGCCAGGUUCUGCCUGAUGGUGAAGAAAGGCUACCGGGAUCCUCCCUACCACAACUGGAUGCACGCCUUCUCGGUCUCACACUUCUGUUACUUGCUCUACAAGAACCUGGGCCUGGCCAACUACCUCGAGGACAUAGAGAUCUUUGCGCUCUUUGUCUCCUGCAUGUGUCACGACCUGGACCACCGUGGCACCACCAACUCCUUCCAGGUCGCGUCGCAAUCCGUGCUGGCUGCUCUCUACAGCUCUGAAGGCUCUGUGAUGGAGAGGCACCACUUUGCCCAGGCUAUUGCCAUUCUGAACACCCAUGGCUGCAACAUCUUCGAAAAAUUUUCGAGGAGGGACUAUCAGCGCAUGUUGGAUCUUAUGAGAGACAUCAUUCUGGCUACUGACCUGGCUCACCACCUCCGUAUCUUCAAGGACCUCCAGAGGAUUGCUGAUCUUGGCUACAACAAGAACAAUCAGACCCAUCGCUCUCUGCUGCUGUGCCUGCUGAUGACGUCAUGUGACCUGUCGGACCAGACCAAGGGCUGGAAGACCACGCGCAAGAUAGCGGAGCUGAUCUACAAGGAGUUCUUCUCACAAGGAGAUCUGGAAAAAGCCAUGGGGAACCGACCCAGUGAGAUGAUGGACCGGGAGAAGGCUUACAUCCCAGAGCUACAGAUCAGCUUCAUGGAGCACAUCGCCAUGCCCAUCUAUAAGUUGCUGUCGGAGUUCUUCCCCAGGGCCACCGAGCUAUACGAGAGGGUGGCCGCCAACAGGGAGCAGUGGACUAAAGUCUCCCACAAGUUCACCAUCCGGGGUUUGCCUAGCAAUAACAGCCUGGACUUCCUGGAUCAGGAGUAUGAGCUGCUGCAGUCCCAGGGGGCCUUCGGCAGCGACGACCAAUGUAUCAACGGUUGCCUGGACGAGGGGGAGGGUCAGUGAUGGUGACGAGGACGGUGACUAAGAUGCUGAUGAGGAGGAUCACGGCGAGUCUCAGUGCUCUUGCUGAGGUUUUUAGGAGAGGCUGGUGACAGCUUUUUUUCCAAUCAACCCCCCCCCCCCCCGCGCGAGAGAGCAAGAGAGAUCUUUCUCUUGUCCGCUGUCCUCCACCUAGAUAGCUUAGCAGGGGGAGGAGGUCAUGCACCGCUGACGGGGGGGUCCCUACGUGAGCGGAUCAGACAGAGACAGGUUCAGUGGACUCUGGGGGACAGAUGCAAUGCGCUGCUUUGUCUCCAGGCCGGGAUGCAGGGAGCAGGGGACAUGUUGUGUCUUUUUGCUCCACCACAGCUACACUGGAGGGGGACGGGGGGGGGCGACAUUAUUUUGAGAACGAGUUCAUAAGGAGAUGAUGUGGGACGAUGGGAUGAUUGUAAAAACACAUCCGUACACACAAGCAAGCACACACACACACCCACACACAUUCACACUUGUAAAAAAAAGAAAACGCACAUACUGUUGAGUGGAAACACCAUAUGAUAUAUAUACACACAAUACACACAACUUCGACACACACACGAGACAGAAAAAAACGACUACUCGAUAUCAAGAAGACGACACCGACAUGUUCAACCUACAUGAAGUGCUAAAUCCAUUCUGUACAAUGUUUUGUAACGGCUUCUAUUGAAUUAAAUGGUUCCAAUUUGUCAACGCUCAA